ACAUGCCAUCAUCAAUCCCUAGAAACACAACCUCCUUCGACCGGCAAGUCCUUUGGAACCCGCGCAAUGUCCUCCGAGUUGAGAACGAUGGGCGGUGUGUGGGAUGGGCGCCCUCAAAGGGUCGUAAAUGUCACAACAUCGUAGCAGGACAUAAUCUUCGCGAGAUGGAUGACCUUCUUCGAAAACUCUCGAUAUCGCAACCGGACGCCGAUAGUCGCAGCAUUCGUGACAUGCUCAAGCAGCUUGCCAUUGUUGGGCUCUGCGUUCGUAACCACAGAGAUCAAGCCGGCAAUAUGUACGAAACCUGGCGAGAGCGGAUUCGACACGCUUUUCCUGAGGGAGCAAUCGGGGUGACCCAAAGCGGACAAUCGACGAGAAACCCUUCCUCUACCACUCCAAGCCUCCCGGGAUCUGACAGGGCCGAGCUAGACGAACUUCACGAGACUAUUUGUGUUCUCCAGCGUGGCCUCGACGAGAUUCUCACCCAGACAAGUCGCCCACGCUCUUCACGGUCAUCUAAUGACACACAAUGGCAGCAAUGGGCUCGAAGCAUUCAGAGUCGCCUGGAUGGGGUAUCCGCCAGGGCUACUCCCCAAAGCCCUUCACAACCACGCACCACCAUGCCAGCAAGUUCUACAACUGGUCUCUUAUCUCGCCAAACUCCUGCUACAUCAAGCACUCCGCCGCCCGAUAACUCCUCUCGCCCUCCUGCAGAGCCAUCAAGCUCCCGAAAUUCCACGAUUCAAUCUCACCAACCUUCCGUGCCCUCGAGAGUAUCAACAUCAUCGAUAUCAUCGCUCAACCUUUCUCGAGCCUCAAGCUCACGCACCUGCCGUGGCAACCACGUCCGUCGUCGCACUAUAGACGAAGAAUGCACCAUUUGCCAAGCAGACGAGCCUAUGUCUCUCCAGCCUCUGAACCAUCUCGUUUGGUGCAAGGCACAAUGCGGUCGCAGUGUUCAUAAGGACUGCUUUGAGAGCUGGCGCAGUGAAAACCUGGUCCAACGACGAGGCAUCAAGUGCGUUCAUUGUAGGGCGGAUUGGGUAGAUUGCAUGGAUAAUUGUGAUAUCGAAUGGGAGUCUGUGUCCGACUCUGAAUCAGACGAUGAGGAUUCGGGGAGCGAACAGGGCUCAGAAGACGAAAUAACGGACUCAGAAGACGAAAUAACGGACUCAGAAGAUGAAAUAGCGGACUCAGAAGGUGAAAUAACGGACUUAGAAGAAGAAAUAGCGGACUCAGAAGAGGAACUAACGGACUCAGAAGAAGAAAUACCAGACCCAGAGGAUGUAUAUGGGGAUGGUCGUAGGGACUAG